AUGGAGGACCGCGACGAGGAGCUGCUCCUCUGCGACCGCGGUCGGCACACCUUCUGCCUCCGCCCCAUCCUCCCCGCUGUCCCGCUAGGCUCCUGGCUCUGCCCUGACUGCGCCCCGACCUCCAUCAUCCGUGCGUCCGUCCCCCGCCGUUUCCCGUUGAAGCAGAGCAAGAUCAUGGAUUUCUUCCAGAUCGAGAAGGGCGCGGAGGGCGGCGCCGUCGGGCUGGCAAAGUGCACGCUUUCUCAGGAUGCUAAGAGGCGAAGGAGGCGAUCUCUUGAUAUGCACAAGAAGAAGAGGAGGCUACUGCCAUUUGUGCUCACUGAAGAUAGAGUUCGAAGGCUUGAACAGAUGGCUUCUGCUGCCACUGCAUUGACAUCUUCGAAAAUGGAGUUCAGUAAUGAGCUGACUUUUGUGUCGAGUAUGGCCCCUAUAUCUGCCAAUCAAGCAAAGCUGAAGGAAGGUGGUAUGCAGGUUCUUUCAAAAGAGGACAAAGAAGCCAUCGAACUUUGCAGAAGCAUGUUGAAAAGAGGAGAAUGCCCUCCACUUCUGGUGGUUUUUGAUUCCCAUGAGGGCUUGACUAUGCAAGUUGAUGCAGAUAUUAAGGAUAUGACAUUCUUUACAGAAUACACUGGUGACCUUAAUUAUUUGGAGCAAGGAGAAUGA